ACAGGAAGAAAACAUCCAGCUGAAGCUAAGCAGGGAGAGCUUUGGCUAGCUGAAAAGCCUGUGUAGCAUUGUCACAGUAAUGAAACGGCAUUGAGAGUCGGGAACAAACUGGUGUUUGGUCAUGCUGUGUCCGGAGUAGCGGCCGCAUUGAUAGAUACCCAGGGAAUAUAAUUCUCCUCGACUUUCCUCCGGUCCGGGUGUUGAAACGAGGUGUGAAUGAGUGACGUGGUGCCUCCCACAGCUCUCAGUGAAGUCCAGCUCCGCUUCCUCAACCACGAUGACAUAGAGAAUGUCAAGCUGCUCUGUGGUGAUUGGUUCCCAAUCGAGUACCCAGACUCGUGGUAUCAGGACAUCACCUCCAACAAGAAGUUCUUCUCCCUCGCUGCCACCUUCAGAGGAGGCAUCGUGGGAAUGAUUGUGGCCGAGAUCAAAGGCCGGACCAAAGUACACAAAGAGGAUGGAGACAUCCUGGCCUCCAGUUUCCCUGUGGACACACAGGUAGCCUACAUCCUGAGCCUGGGAGUGGUCAAAGAGUUCAGGAAACAUGGCAUAGGCUCCCUACUGCUGGACAGUCUGAAGGAGCACAUCUCAACCACGGCUCAGGAUCACUGUAAGGCCAUCUACCUGCACGUCCUCACCACCAACAACACUGCCAUCCACUUCUACGAGAACAGGGACUUCAAGCAGCACCACUACCUGCCCUACUACUACUCCAUACGAGGCGUCCUCAAAGAUGGAUUCACAUACGUGCUCUACAUCAAUGGGGGUCAUCCCCCCUGGACGAUAUUUGAUUAUAUCCAGCACAUUGGUUCCACCCUGGCCAGCCUGAGCCCCUGCUCCAUCCCUCAGAGGUUGUACCGGCAUGCCCAGUCCCUGCUGCGCUCGCUGCUGCCCUGGUCCAACAUCGCCUCCAAGACCGGCAUUCAGUACAGCAGAACAAUGUGACGACGACAUGGAGUGCAACCGUUUCUCAUCAGUCUUCCCCUGUACACACCCAGAUGUACGUGCACACUCACAUCCUCAUAACGGCGUUCCACUCCCUGUGUUUGACACAGGACUCAGGUUCAACCUGUGUUUGACCGCACACAUGCUAGAAUAUUAUUCCCGAUUUUCCAAUAUGCGUAUUGUCACUGUUCCCGUAGGUCCGCUAAACAGGGUUGUCGCGUUGCAAUAUUGAUGAUUUUACACUGAUGGACAGGUGUGAUCUGGUAAAACCACGGGAUCUCUUUGAACGAUUCUUUUACAAUACUACCCCGUAUAUACUACAACACUAUCCCAUAGUUACUAAAGUAACCUGUGUACUUGUGUAUGCUAAAGUCGAGCAGUGUCGGAUCCGCUUUCCCCCCAAGGCAGCGGAACAAAGCAGAGGACCUGUUCAAAUAAACCACGGACGGCAAACACAGGUCGUGGUUUUGGUGUGAAAAGGGUGUUACACACACACACAAUGGGAACCCGACAGAGACUAAAGGUUCAACCCUGCCUCUCUUCCUGUCUCCUCUCCUCCUGUCCACCACUGUCACAGAGACUAUGUAUAAUGUUUGUAUAUUAUAUAUACUAAGCUAAUAUAUAAAUGUAUCUCUAUAUAUGUCUGUUUUAUGCUGUCCUUAGGCUUUCAAAGAUUACCCACCCUGUCCCCUUGUUAUGAGUGUAGACUGAAUCCAGAGUCAAUUCCACUUAGUAAAAUACACUCAAGAACACGUUAAAUUUAAUUGGUCCUUUAAUCGAGCUACGCUAACAGGCUGGAAGUGUAGAAUAAAGCAAAUUUUACGCAGAAAACUUUGGGACACAAUGUAGAUGGGUUGAUAUAUUUAGUAGCAAUUUCAAAAAAGGAUUCUUCCCUUUUGAAAAUUCACAAUAUAUUAUGUUUUGCUGUGUGCAAUAACUGAACUGGGAUCUGCACUCGUGACAUUGGUAAAGAAUCUUGUGAACAUGUUAUAGCAUGUUUCUCACAUAUCAUGCAGUUCUGUUUGAAAGUCUUGCAUAAAAAUGUGAUCAAAACUCAGCAUUUCUACACCCCUUGCAAAUGUUUUUAAGAGGGGGAGUUCCUCGGGUCCUUAUUUUAGAGAUUUUUUAAAUGGCUGCAGCCCUGUCCCGUCUGCUCCAUGGCUGUAAAGUUGCUGCUAAUCUAGAGGAAUGUCCACUUGUUUGUCCCAAUCUUUUUAAAUACAGCCAAGAUCAGAUUUUUAUGCCUGUAGUAGGUAUGAGAAAAAAAAAGUAAUGCUCCCCCAAAACAUAAGUCAUACACACCUCAUCGGCCUCCGUGCAUGCAGGUGUGUAUGUCUGUGUGAAUAUUUAUGCACACGGGGUCCAAAUUUAUUACCCGGCAAGUGCCAACUGUUGGUCCGCUCUGCCCGCGGAAAGAAGAAUGAGUAAAGUUUGCCCGACAUGUUGACUGUGAGUUUGUCAGUGAGUAACAUUGUAGUAUCUCAACUCUUUUGCCUACUGUUGCACCUGAUCCAAUGUAUCAGUCAGUAAGCAAGUAGAUUUGAUACAUGACACAGCACUGUGUCAUGCUGUGCCCUGUGCGGGCAAAAAUGUGCGUUUGUUGGAAAAAAAAAAAAAAGGUGAAGGUUUCUCGGGACAACCAGUCCUGGGCAGGUAACUCAAAAGUAAAUUUCAGACAUUGUGUAUGCAAUAAAUUUGUUUCAUUUGACUGAUUGUAAAGACUGAGUCAGUGUGACUAUCCCUGCUGUAUGGCUAUUUUACUAUCAUUAUUAUUUUUACAUUUUCAUUGUGAUUGUCAUAUAACAUUGUCAUAAACCUGAGCCUUGUUUUCAUUAACAAUAACCCAACUGUU